AUGGCGCAGACAAGACCAACGGCACGAGCGAUGCGCCACCCGACCGCCAAUGACGGUCGAAGCUGCACAGACCGGCGCAGUACACUUCUUGCGGAGAGUUUCCCCGCCCUCAUUGGGCCCUCGUUGCCGAGUAAGUACCGCGAACCCCGCCCCUUGGGUCGUGGCGCCUCCAGUACGGUCUGGACACUCAUCGACAAUGUCACGAAUGAAAUCGUCGUGGGCAAACUUUGCAAUUUGGCGCUCAUGUCGGAGAAAAAUAAAAGUUUUGCCCGCUCGGAAGCAGUGAAUAUUUUGAGUUGCGAGCACCCAAAUAUUAUUCGCCUCCUGGGCACAUAUGAGCGGAAUGAGCAAUUGCUGCACAUACUAGAGUACGCUGACGCAGGAGACCUGCAGACACAAGUGGAGGUUCGUGCGAAACAUUACUCGCGGGUAAAAAAUGGAAGUGGGUCUGCAUCACGCAAAGACGCUGCAGAGGCUGUGCCGUGCUACUACAAGGAGAACGAGGUCCUUGUCAUUCUGGCGCAGCUUUGUCUUGCAGUGAAGUACAUCCACGGAAAGAAUAUUAUGCAUCGUGAUUUGAAAACGUCCAAUAUUUUUCUUCGAAAAAAUGGGCUUAUUAAGUUAGGCGACUUUGGCUUUUCGCGACAAUACGGCCAAAGCCUUUCCUCCGAUGUGGGGAAAACGUUCUGUGGGACACCGUACUAUUUGUCUCCUGAGCUCUGGCGCCGGGAAAACUACAAUCAUAAGGCGGAUAUUUGGUCUAUGGGUGUCUUGCUAUAUGAAGUUAUGGCACUGCGGAAGCCGUUCAUAUCCCCGAACAUGGAGAAACUGAUGCAGUGUGUGCUGACAGAGGGGAGCUAUGAAUUGCUGCCGAGAGAGAGGUACAGUCAGGGCCUAUGCGACCUCUGCUACGCCAUGCUGCGCGUCAAUCCACACGAGCGGCCAAACAUCACAGAAAUCCUUGCGACGCCCAUCAUGUUGAAUGAAGGGCUGCAGCACCUGAAAAAAAACCUGCUGAGGCUGCGGGGCAUUGAGGAGGCGGUGAAGAACCGUUUGUUGUGGGAAGUGGAUUCCGUGCAACUUGCCUUUCAUGUUGCGCCCACGCUUCUCAGGCCAGGGAGUAUUCAAGCAGAACAGAAGGAAGCGCAUUCCUCACUAAACGACGAAGGCGGUGCUGCGAUGGAUCCCAGUGUCGUAUAG